CUCAAAUUCAUCAAAAUUCUUUUAAUCUGAAUUCUAACAAAUUUCUAAGGUGAAUAAAAAGGGGUCAUUAAGCUUUAGAAAGUCUUUAAACAUAAUAAAUUUGAGAUUCAAGACAAAAAAGUUCAAUUAGUGCGAAAUGAAAUAUAAAAUGAUGUAUUCCAUAAAAUAAUAUAGGUGUUUAAAUUUCAGAUGAACAUUGGGAUUUUUUAAUAAUAAAAUAAAAUUUAACAAAGAUGAUGGGAGGUUGGGCAGUAGUAGAAGUUGAAGCAAGACAUCAUGAUGUCUUAGCAGUUGUUCAUCAUGGUAUCAAUCAACAUUUGGGAUCUACCCAUCAAAAAUUCACAAUUAUAGAAGUACGUCAUUAAAUUGUUGCUGGAACUAAUUAUCAAUUCAUUGUAGAAACAGAAGAUCACAAGAGAAUUUAAGUAAAAGUAUUUGAACCAUUACCACAUACAAAUUAACCUGCUCAUGUUACAGCAGCUGUAUAUUUGUGAUUCCAUAAAUAUAUAUUAUAUACAUUCAUUUAAAUUCAAUUUCAU